AUGUCUUCUUCUGUCUUUGUCAUUGGUGCUAAUGGUUACAUUGGUCUAGGCGUCGCUUUGGCAUUCCGUCGUGCUGGUUAUCGAGUUUAUGGAUUGAUUCGAAAUGAAAAACUCGCUAAUACUUUAUUAAAAAAUGAAAUUGAACCACUCGUCGCGCAAGCAUUCGAUGAUGUGCAACAGUUCACCGAUAUACUCAACACAUGUUCAAUUAUAAUUGAUGCAGUUGGCUAUCAGCCCAAACUCUCACGUGCUCUACUCGAUGCAGCUGUUCGAAUUGGAAACAAUAGAACUCAAGAUGGUAAAUUAGCGCAUUAUGCUCCUCUUUAUAUUUUUACCUCGGGAAUUAUGACUUAUGGUGAUACAUCGUCAACAGGUCGUCGACCAGUCGAUGAGAUGGUGAAACCUCGACCUCCGCCACCGGCAACUGGGCGCAGUAGUGGCUCAUCCACGUCCGAUGUCACAGCAAUGAAAGACAGAGAAGAUUUCGAGAAUCUUGUUCUCGCUACGUCUUCUACUGCACUGAAAACGACCGUUGUUCGCCCGGGUUUUGUCUAUGGCGGGCAAGGUGGCUUCGUUGCUGAUUUGUUUUAUUCGGAAUCGGAACCGUUGGUAUUCCAAGGAAGACGAGACAUGCGUUGGAGUUGGAUACAUAUCGACGAUCUCGGUGAAGGAUAUGUCGCUAUUGGCAGAGCUCCACAUGUCGUGGUUGACAAACAAAUAUACAACUUGGCUGCUCCGAAUGACAAUCCAACAUAUGAGGAAUUGAGAAUUGCAAUGGCUAAAGCUCAGGGUCGAAAAGAAAAAUUCGAAUACAAAGAAGCUGAACCAGGUGUACCAACACGUUGGGACACAGAUUCUAUUAUCAAUCCAGCAAAAGCCAUGAAUGAGUUAGGUUGGCGGCCACGACAUGUCGGUUUUGUUGAAGAGAUUGAAACAUAUUACAAAUCAUGGUGUAAAGCUAAGCUCUCGAACUAUUCCUGUCGAAUUAACAAAAUGGAUGAUUUUGUUUCAACUGAAUUCACCUCAAUUUAUGAAGACGAGGAAAACCGGAGAAAGACUAGUUCUUUUAUUUACAGUAUUCCGGUUCACUCUCAUUCUUCUAUACCCAGUGUUGAUCCAACAAUCAUUAACGAUGCGACUGAGACUAACAUCAAAGAGAAAGAUGAAGUUCCCAUACUUUCAAUUCGACAAAUUUAUAAAAAUCUUGCUAUUCUUUCGAUUGCGUUCGUAUUACUAUUUACAGCCUAUAACGGUAUAGCUGCACUCCAAUCGAGUCUAAACACAAAAGGUAAUGUUGGAAUCAAUUCUCUCCUAGUAAAUACGAUUUUCAUCGCAUUUAGUUCAAUAUUUCUGACUGGUAUCGCGAUGGACAUAUUUGGAUUGAAAUGGACUAUCCUUAUCGGAGAAAUCACCUACAUUUCCUAUAUUGCUGUUAAUGUUCGACCUACACCGGCAUUGAUGUACACCACUGCAACUCUGUGUGGUCUGGUGUCUGCUCCACUAUGGACUUCACAGGCCACUUAUGUAAAUUGUAUUGCACGAUAUCAUGCACGUCAUACACAGAAGAAAGCUGAAUUAAUCAUCAGUUUAUUUUUCGGCAUAUUUUUUGCGGUAUUUAGUAUGAGUACCAUCUGGGGCAAUGCAGUUGCAUAUUUUGUGCUCAAUGAUUCGAAUAAUCCUCAACGAGUUAAUUGUGGAAUCUACUUCAAUCCAUUGACAAAAAAUGGCACUGAAAAGUCCUCCAACAUUGAUGAUACAAAACGUUAUAUACUCUGUGGAAUAUAUGCUGGCAUGGGUGUAGUUUCAGUAUUACUUCUGAUUUUAUUCCUUGAUCCAAUCCAUUUGACUGAACGACAACCGAUUAAGCAAUCACUAAAGAAAGCCAUCGAAGUGCUCCGAUCGUUGGUACAAUGGAAAUUUCUUGAUCAAUUAUUGCUCGUACCAAUAACCAUAUGGGCAAUGAUUGAGCAUACAUUUUUAACUGCACAAUUUACUCGAGCGUUUAUCACUUGUCUCGUUGGUAUUCGUUUCAUCGGUUUGAUAUUGAUUGGUAAUGGUAUAUGUACUGCUUUGAGUAGCUACAUAUUCGGUAGGCUUGUGAAAUGUAUUGGUCGAAUUGGAUGUAUUUCAAUCGCUGCUAUUAUUAAUUACUCGAUGAUCAUCUUCAUGUAUUUCUGGGAGCCGAAGGACAAUCAAAUGUAUAUUCUUUUCAUGGUGGCUGGUUUAUGGGGAGUUGCUGAUGCUGUUUGGCAGUCACAGAUCAUCGCCACUUACAUAGUUCACCAUUCUGAACGCGACCCGACAGUUUUAGCAAAAUACCGUCUUUGGAAAGCGAUUGGUUCUCUUAUAACUUAUAGCUAUGCCAGUUAUGCGACAAUUGAAGUGACAAUAUUUAUUCUAUUUAGCUUUCUUACAAUUAGUUUAUUGAUUACUUUGAUCUGCUGUUCCUGUAGCAACGAUUCUCCAUCAACAUAUAGAAAUCUUGACACACGUUAUACAACGAAUUCAGAUGUUGUCAACUCUUCAUUGUCAAUUGUGAUUACAGAAAGUCCUACAAAAAUGAAUGAAACAUCUUUUACAACAGAUGUGACAGUAACAAUCGGCAAUGUUACUCUGGAGUUCAAUCCACCUUCGAAGAAAAACCAGUUGCCUCUGGUCCUUGGUCUUUCGCUCGGACUUGGGAUCCCGAUACUUACAAUUUUGAUACUAAUUGUCGUUUAUCGCUAUAAAAAAAAACGUCACCCAUCACCAGUAAAUGCAGCAAAGCGUAAUGUUUUCUGA